CAUGUCCAUGCACGCCGCGAGGCGCCGGGUUAGGUGAUACAAUCGAAACCAUCGAGGCAAGCGUUGAGCUCGCUGCCAAAUUGUUUCGACAUGUGGCUGCCAGACCCCGUACGCGACGAGCUGCGUCAGCUGAGCGAGGAUAUAUGGUCGUGUCCCGAGCCGUCGGGGGACGAGCAGUUCGCCCAGCAGCGGCUCACUGACAUGCUGCGCAGCAGGGACUUCUUCGUCAUGCCCGGCUACCUGCUGCCCACCGCCUUCUGUGCCGAGCUGAUGUUCACCGAAGAUUCUGGCCCCACUAUAUGCCUAGUGUGCGAGUACGAUGCAGUACGAGGCCUCGGCCACGCCUGGGGCCACAAUCUGGCCAGCACUGCCUCCAUGGCGGCGGCACUGGCCGUCCAAAUGGAAGCCGCCCAACCGCCUCCAGGUGCCACCCCCUUUCGGGGCCGUCUGCGAGUGCUCGGAACACCAUCCGAACUGCACGGCGAGGGAAAAGCCGUGCUUCUGAACAAGAACGCGUUCGCGAAUGUCGACGCUGUGCUUGCCACAAGACCCGCAUUCGGUCCUGGGAUGCUGUAUUACGGAACGCCUUGCGCUACUUUUACCCGCGUCACUUAUCACGGUCGCGAGAGCUCCGCGGUGCUGUGUCCCUGGCAGGGCAUCAACGCCCAAGACGCCGCAGUGGCUGCCUACCGCAACGUGACCCUCCUGCGCAGGGACCUACCGCCGCAUUGGCACGUCGCCGGCGUGCUACGGCCAUCGGAGUCACAGUCACCACUCCGCGUGCCGGAGCGUUGUCAGCUUGAGCUGUUCGCCUGCACGCCUACCGGCCCCGACCUGCUGGAGCUGCAGAAGCGAUUGCGCUCAGCCUGCAUGGGCCCGUGCCACUCCACGGGCUGCAUGGUUUCCUUUGAUUACCAGCGACCCUACGUUGACAUGAUGGCCAACGAGGCGCUGGGGCAACUUUUCCUCGAACAGGCACAGCACACGGGUGUCUCCGCGCGGCUCUUCGGCGGCGCCAGCGCCCAGCCUCAGCAGCAGCAGCAGCAGUGCCUUCUGCCGUCGGGCCUGGGCGCCGUCUCGCACUCGGUGCCCACCCUGUGCCCACUUUUCUCGCUGGACGCGGAGCCACCCCUCAUGGGAGCUGCGGCCUGCUGCACGGACGACGCGUUCGACCGCUGCCUGCAGGCUGGACGAUGCCUGGCCCUCACGACGUUUGCGCUGCUCAGGGACCCCGCGCUGGUGCGGGGUCCCUGA